AUCCAGCGCCUUCUAUUCAAUUCACGCUCAAACCCAAACCCUAUUUUUCUCUCUCUGUGCUCAUUCUUCCCUGUUUGGUAUCUGGCCAUAUAUUCUGCGUUGUCUGAGCGACCAAAAUGAGGAAAGGAACUAAGAGGAAGGCAAAGCAGGAACAAGAACCCAAACAAGACGCUACAGCAUCGUCAUCCCAAGAAAACAAGACCAAAGCACCUUCUCGAGCUAAACGCGCCAGAACUUCCAAGCCUCAAUCCGAACCUGAGUACUUCGAAGAUAAGCGCAACUUGGAAGACUUGUGGAAGGAAACGUUCCCUGUUGGAACUGAGUGGGACCAGUUGGACUCGGUCUAUCAAUUCAAGUGGGAUUUCUCUAAUCUAGAAAAAGCGUUCGAAGAGGGUGGUGUUUUGUACGAUAAAAAGGUUUACCUCUUUGGUUGCACUGAGCCUCAACUAGUCAUGUUUAAAGGGGAGAGCAAAGUUGUCUGCAUACCUGUUGUAGUAGCAGUUGUAUCACCUUUCCCACCAUCUGAUAAAAUUGGGAUUAACUCGGUUCAAAGAGAGGCUGAAGAGAUAAUUCCCAUGAAACAAAUGAAAAUGGACUGGGUUCCAUAUAUUCCUCUGGAGGACAGAGAUAGCCAGGUUGAUAGACUGAAGUCUCAAAUAUUUAUCUUGAGUUGCACCCAAAGAAGGUCUGCUUUGAAACACCUGAAGUUGGAUAGAUUAAAGAAAUAUGAGUACUGCUUGCCUUAUUUCUAUCAGCCAUUUAAGGAAGAUGAACUUGAACAGAGCACUGAAGUUCAAAUAAUAUUCCCAGCUGAGCCAAAGCCGGUCUUCUGUGAAUUUGAUUGGGAAUUAGAUGAACUUGAGGAAUUUACUGAUAAGCUUAUACAGGAGGAGGAGUUAUCUGAAGAACAAAAGGAUGCCUUCAAGGACUUUAUCAAGGAAAAGGUUCGGGAAGCAAAAAAAGCUAAUAGAGAGGCAAGGGAAGCUCGGAAAAAAGCCAUUGAGGAAAUGAGUGAGGAAACUAAAGCUGCAUUUGAGAAUAUGAGAUUUUAUAAGUUCUACCCUGUGCAAUCUCCGGAUGCACCUGAUGUAUCAAAUGUUAAGUCUCCAUUCAUAAACAGAUAUUACGGAAAGGCUCAUGAGGUUCUGUGAUUGGCUUCAAGACAGUAAUGGCAAUUUUCCUGGCUUCCUUUGCCUAACACAACAGAUGUUUUGUUUUAUAUGAAGUUGAGGAUGCAACCCCCUUGUGCCCCAUCAAAUUUUCUUUGCCAGUGUAGUUGUCUAAAGCGACAUGAAAUGUAUAACUGUAGAUCAGAAAUCCUAGAGAAGUGAACUAGGUGUUGAGAAGAAUUGAGACAUGUUCCUGGCUUCCAUUUUGAUGAGAAAUUUCUGAGCUUCUGGAGCUGCAAUUUGCGUGGUUCUUGCAUGUCUUGGUUUUCUCUAGAUUAUUCUUUUCCCAUUAAAAUUAGAUGUAUGACAGUUUUGGUUAGAAGCUAAAUGAAGAAAUAAAUUCUUUAUUGUUUCGUUUAAAGUAGCUCAGCUCUGAAUAUGCUGUUGUUGUUAUAAUAUUGAACUUUGUAUUUUCCAGUGGAAAGGCAAUUUGAUACUUGAAUUAG